AUGUCUUCUUUAGGAAGGGCCAUGGGUGUCCUUAGGGCCGGGACGCAGCUUCUUACACGUGGACCUCAGAAAAUUGUAACCCGAAAGUAAGUAACGUUACUGGUGUUGUUAUAAUGUAAACGUUAGCUAUGUGCUAACUUCGUAAGGUUGAAUUCAAUAUCGUCCUUCAUAACUAAAGAAGGCUUCAUUCACACGUCAGCUGAGCUGUACACAUUCAUCACUGUCUUCUUAGCUAUAAACAGUAACGUUAGGCUACAGCUUAUGACUAACUAACGUUAGCAGACUGACAAUAGGCCUACUAAACAGGUGUCCAGAGGGAGGCGCCAUGAUCAGAUGUUAACCCACUGGUUUGUUGGGUUUCAUCAAAUGUGUAGAGCAAAGCUACAUCAUACUGGUAUAAAGUGAUACUCUCAGUGCUCUGGUUUUCUGUUUCCUUUCAGAGCUGGUGGUGGACCUCACAUAGAGGCCCAGUACAGGCAAUUCCCACAACUCACCAAGAGCCAGACGUUCCAAGCAGAGCUCCUCAGCAGUGCCAUGUGGUUCUGGAUCCUGUGGCACUGCUGGCAUGACCCAGAUGCAGUAAUGGUGAGUUGAAUGUAGAUUAGGCUCCUAAUCAUAGCUAUGUCUGGUAUGUCCUGUCCCAUCUAGUUUUGGCGGUUCAUAGACGAAAGGAUGGAGACUAAGCCGGUGUCUGUCAGGCAGACUUAAAACCCCAUGAUGCCUCUUCUCUCUCUCUCAGGGUCACUUCCCAUGGCCUGAUGCGUCCGCAUGGACAGAUGAGGAACUGGGGAUCCCAGCUGACGAUGAGGAAUGA